GAUUACGUAGUUUUGUUAAUCCGAAACAGAUGCUAAUCAGACAGGUGUUGGGUCUGCGGAAAUGUUUCGUAGUAACGGUUCUGUGGCGGUGUGCGUGAGUCAUCUCGUCCAUUGAGCGGCGGCGGCAACGGCGGUCCAUUGAGCGCCUCAUUACCGCUCCGCCGGCCGGCCCAGCGCACACGCAUCUCGCGCCGCUCGCCGUCUCCGACGCACUGCCUACGAUGUUCGCUCCUAACGCUCGAUGCAACAUGGAGAACUUCUCCAAAUCACACAUUUGGCUCGCCGCCGCGGCACUGCUAGCGGCAUGUGGAGGGUGCACCGGCGCGGGCGUCGGCGGCAGGAGGCCGUUCACUCCCACCGACUCUAUCCUUGACAUUAUAGACACGGAGCAGGUUGAGAGGAUCCUGGCGGCGCGCCGUCGUGCCGAGCAGGCCACCGCCACCUCGCCUUCAUACGUUCAGAGGAACGAGCUAGGGGAAGGCACUUCUGACACUAUGAUUGUUUCGAUGCCAGAUCAAGAGGACAGUACGGAAUUGCCCCCGGGAGUUGAUUUCCGCAAAAUUCUAAAAUCUUCAAGAAAUGCCCUCGUUGUUACAAAGAAAGAAUACUUGAAGCAGGAUUGGUGUAAAACGGAGCCUUUGGUGCAGAAAAUUAGAGAAAACGGCUGUUUACCGGCGACCGUCAUUAAUAACUUUUGUUAUGGACAGUGCAACUCAUUUUACAUUCCAAAAGGACCGCGCCGCCGAGACGGAAGCGACGACCGACCGGCGCCCGCCUUCAAGUCCUGUUCUUUCUGCAAGCCUAAGAAGUUUACUUGGAUCACGGUCACACUUAAAUGUCCGGGGCAGAGGUCGCUUUACAAGCGUAAGCGGCUGCAGAAAAUAAAACAGUGCAAGUGUUUACCGGUAGGAGUAGUGAAUUGAUCAUGAACUUGUGCAGAACCCUCAGCCGAGGCGGUGCAACCGUCAGAGCGGCGCCGCCGCGCCGCGCCCCCGGCCGCGGGAGCGACGAACGGGGUGUAACUCCGAGGAAAGCGAAUUCAGCUCUCACGAGGUUUUGUACAAAACGAAUUGUUACCCAUUGUUUUGAUAAGUAUUACUUGUGCAUUUCAAUUGUAACUCGGAGAAAACUGGUUAAAUAGUUCGUAUCGCGUGCUCUCAUACGUCAAUAGGCAUGACGUCAUGUGACGCAUUUAUAUGGAAUAAUAGUGUAGUUUGUUAGAGCGGCUUCGAUUGCAAGUCGUAAGCGAAAGCUUUAAAUUAUUAGCGAAGACGAUUUAAUGGUACCGUAGUGUAGGUAGUGCAACUCCAGACUCUAGAACAGUUUCAAAUGUAUAUCUGAAUGGAAAUUCGGUAGGUACUCAAAAAACUGAAGUAAUUAUCAUAUAUAAAUCAUUAAAGUACGAAAUAAUUAGGAAUUGAAAAGUGUGAUAUUAGUCAUAGCGUUUCUAUAUUUUACCCAGUGCACUGCGUUUAAUGCCUAUGUACAAUUUGUCGGCGUAGAAUUAUUUAUUUAUUAAAGUAGAUUUAAGUAGAUACUAAUAAUUGUUGCUGAAACGUAAUACGCUUAUAAUAGAUAUACUACAUAAUUGAUAAAUAAAUCGGCAACAAACUUAACAUAAUUUUGCGUUAACGAAGGAUAUUUCAUAUCUCUGUAUGCUCUCGAAAUUUAUUUAUAAAGAAGGAAAAAAAAUAUUUAAAACAUGCAGCAGUUAGUCAUAACAGUGAUCGUCUUGAUUCAAUCAAUAUCAUAAAAUUGUAAUACAAUAAAUGUCAUAACGCAAGCUAAUUGUGACUAUUGCGAUUGCGUAAUGUGAUUUGUGUUUUUGUAUUGAGUUUGAUUUAGAGCCUAAGAGUGACAUUCCAUUUCCAACUGCAGCUGCAAUACUGUUCAUUUUACUAUGGAAAUUGACAGUGACAGCGACGCGUUUCCAUAGUAAAAUGAACAGUAUUGCAGCUGUAGUUGGAAAUGGAAUGUCACUUUAAUUGUUUCAACACAUUGACGCCAAACUGACAUUUCAACCCAAUGUAUGUUUUGAAUAGAAUAUUAUUUUGAGUUAUAAGUUCUUAUCUUGCCAUUCUACUACAUACUAGUAUUAUGACUAUUAUGAGCAUUUCUAAAAAAAUAUUAUUUGUAUUUAAUUAUCCAAAAUUAGAGCUUUAUUUUUUUAAUAAUUAUCAAUACUGUUUAUAAGUAUGUACCUACAUGUCUAUUUGUUACUAAUGACAAACAUUCAACAACAGUUUUGUUAGUAAUUUAAAAAAAGGUCACAUUAAUGGGAAAAUAAUGGUUAAAACCAUAAACAUUUUGAGAAAUGUUUAAAUAAUGCGUGUUUCGAUUUUGAUGAAAUUUGGAUGGAUCCAUCCAGUUUUGUUCCUGGAGUUAGUUUAGAUACUUUGUUUGCGGGUACUGCUAUUACCUAAUGGCAUAAACCUAACUAUUGUAGUAUGUAUCUCUGUACGCUUUUGGCAAUAAAAAUGUACAAGAGAAUUUUUUAUAUGUUCCAAAAAUUAAACACAACAUGUAUUUUUGGCAAACCCAAAAGUUGAUCUGUUGUUAUUGUCUCAAUAAAUUGUUGUCACUCCUGUA